AUGCGGUUUUCUCAGCUCGUCUCGUCCACAGCUAUUGCUGCUGGCUUUGCUAGUGCCCACAACAGCAGCUUCUCUGACUCUGACGGUGCAAUUUGGGACAAUGUCAACGACCUCCAUGUCCGUUCCGAGAUGCAAGACCGUCUUGCCAGGCGUCAAACCACAUGGAACCCGCCGUCCAACCUCGUCACGCCACUGAAGCAAGUGUGGGAUCACGAAAUGUCCACUUACAGCAACCCUCUUGGCUUUAAGAACUAUGGAUACGACCAGCUGAUUGCCAACAAAGGGCAAGUCAACUACUGCGUCCGCUGGGAGUCCGGCACCGCAGUCACAGAGGCGCAGCGCAACCAGAUCGCCACCGUCCUCCAGGCCCAACACGACAAGUGGAUGAAGUGGCUCAUCGGCUUCGACAAGUUCCCCUACAGCAGCGUGCCCGUCAAGGUCGUCGGCUGGGCGGUCCGUGACAAGAGCCUCCUCCAGGGCUCGACGUCAGGCCUCGACGUCUAUACCACCAAGGACAGCGGAGGGAUCCCCGAGUGUGAUCCUCGGUGCGGCCGCUUCUUCCAUCAGGACAACAACUACGGGUCCUGCCCGGGAGGUGCCUCCCGCCACUACGACGUCUCUCUGUGGCUUACUGAUGGUUUCUCGGGUGGUGCUGGUGGUGAUUGGGGCCAGCGCAUUGGCCGCGAGUACUUCAUGGGCGCACUUGGAACGUCAGACAUCCACAUUCUGUUACACGAGAUGGGCCACACUUACGCUCUUGAUGACUAUUGGACGCCAUCUGGAGUUACCAACUUCAUCAUGCUUGCUGGAUCUUCCACUCAAAUUACGGAUUUCGACGGGUGGAUGAUGCGUGAUUGGUGGCGCAACCUGAAGAGCCGUUACGGUCUCUAA